AUGCAUUGGGGGCAGCGCACCUCCGCAGGAUCGCUCGAUCCCCAGCGCAUCGCUUCCAUGCUGCUGCAGCGACGAUCAGACGACUCUCCUAACCCUGGCGCCUCUGCUCGUCGAGAUCUCAAGACAGAAGCUCCCAAAGGAACGAGUAGUGCCAGCAGCGCAAAGCCGAAACUCCCCACCCAGCAGCUUUGGAAGGGACGAACGCGAAUCUACGAGGCUAAGGCCGAGCUAACGCAACAGAAAGACUUUACCAAACAGCCGCAGAGGGCAACCACCCCCCCACAAGCGCAGCAGCAGGAAGAACCAGACACAUCUGCGGCAGUACAAGCAACAGCCGCUGUCUAUAGAGCCAAGGCACAAACGAAGGUAGCCGUGCGUCACUUGCCACCCACAGUCUCGGAGUCCACACUGCUACAAAGCCUUCCACCAACACUUUCCGAGGCGCUCCUUUCUUCUUCGCUUAUUCAAGGAAAGCCCACCAAGUAA